CGAGGUUUGGUUGUUCGAACCACAUUUCGACCAUGAUUUACUGUUUUAUGGAAAUUUUAACAUGAGAUCAUAACCUACUGCUUUCAGGAAACCCCUUGGUCCGUUACUCAUUGGUGCAGUUGGGUACUUGUUUGCCUUUGCCCUAUUUCAAACCGCCACACAGCAAUUCAAGUGUUCGGCAAGACAAUUGAGGGCGACAAACUCCAAGACUUGUUUGAUGAGCUCAUGGAAAUAGGGGAACGGCGAGGCUCAACUGCUUAUGUGAAUCGUCUUGGCCUAUGUCUAAUUCAUGCAACUGAUAGGGAGACUGUGAUAAGGACGGAUGAUAGCUUCGGUUGGUCCAAAUAUGGUGUGGAGCUACCUGAGGCUGCCGGCGUUCAAGGAAGUGUAGGAUUUGAUGCGGUAGAAGCCAAUAAUGAGGAGCUGCGGCGGAGCUUGGAGGAGAAGACCGUGGAACUGGCUGCAUGCAAGAAGGAGCUGGAGGAGAAGAGCAUGGAAUUGACUGUAUGCAUGAAGGAGCUGGAAUGGAGCAAGAAGAUGGAGAAACUUAUGAACCAGUUGGUGGAAGAGAAGGAGAAAGUGAACGAGAUGAUGAAGAUUCAGCUUCAUCAUUAGGAAAAGUACUCUACUUUCAUUAGCACAUCCCCAAGUGUAAUGUCUUUUCAUCUCAAUAAUUUAGCACAAUGAUAUCCCUUCCUUUGCCUAGUUAAUUAAUCCAAGAUUUGCAUAUAUUCUUCGAUGUAAACUUUACUCCAUGGCUAUUCUUACCUUCAGAUUCCAUGAACAGUACCCUUCAAAGUAAUUAACUUGUUGAACGUGU